AAGAUUUUUUAGAUUUUAAAAUCAUAUGUAAGACUAUUUAUAAUGGUGCCCACAGUAUUGAGGAAAUAGCCGCAUUGGUACUUAAAUUAUCUUAUACCAUGAACAACUAUCGGUUAUCAACAUUCCAAGGUACAGUAAAUUACUUAAGUAAGGAUGAAAUGGAUAGGCUGAUGAAUGCAAAACCUACCAUUGAACACCUUAAAGAUGGUCGUCAGAUAGACCUUAUUACAAAGAAAGUAGUACGCAGUCGUUCAAGUAGUUGUAUAUAUGAAAUAAUUAAACCUUCAGGAGAGGUACUAUUAAUGCCUAAUUUGGCUGAAUCUGCUCUAAUGUUAGAUACAAGUUUUAAAACUUUAAAAAGACAUUUAGAGGUCUUAGAUAAUAAUUCCGAUGGUUCUAAAAUAGUAUUUAAGGGCUAUACUGUGAGAAGAAUCCCAGUGUUUUAUCCUAUUGCUUCUGAGUAA